AUGUGUCAGGGACACACGGUACGGAUGUUGAGAUGUGGCCACUCGCUCAACCACUACAGCGUACACUGCGGGCGACGGUGCUGGGAGCCUUGCGCGAUAUGUUCCUCUGCAGCCGAGGACGCACGAGUACACCAGUGCGACAAAGGUAAGCGUGGCGAGCGGUGCGAACGAGACCAACCGAGUGGCCCCGAAUACGUCUUGGACGAUUUCUGUUCACAGUGCGAUCCGGCCUGGUUGCUGUACAAGGCCAAGUCCCUCUUUGAAGACAGGCGAGAACAACUCGAGGGACAGCGGCGCGGCAAUGGUCCAGAUCCCGAGCUGGACCGUAUUCUCCGAGCACUCGAAUCGGGAUAUCUCGAGGCGAGACAAAAGAUCAUGGACAAGAGCCCGGAGACGCAGAAGAAUGUUCCUUUUCUGGCGUGCGUGGACAUGAUGCAGCUUGGUUUGAGUUCUCGGUGGGUAGGUAAGCGGUGCGUUUGGGGUGACUAUCCCGAUGAUACCGGACAACUACAAAGAGCACAAAGAGAAGCUUUAGACACGUCUUGGCAGGCCAAGCUUGGUUGGGGGAGCGUUCUAUCCAACCGUUCCGACUCCUUGGUUGAUGAGACGGAGGAGGAGGAAAUAUACUAUGAAGAAGAAGAGGAAGACAAGGAAAAUGAAAGAGGUCCAGAGGACAAGGACCAAGUCAAGGAUGAGUACAGUGAAGUCGAUUGGCUCGAGAUUGCGGAACUUCAAAUUGAUGAAAAGCAAGUCGGUGAAAAGAAGUCUGACUGGAGGGCACAAGAUGCGCUACCGAAGCCAGAACUAGACCAGUUACCAUCAUUACUGCCUCCAGAGAUGGAAAAUCAUGGCAGGCCUGGGAGGGACAAGGAGGCUAUGCAGGCCAUGGCUUCUCCUCAUCAUUUACAACCGCCUGUCAUAGACUUGACAGCUUCCAAAAACCGACGGCCGAUCACCAGUAGCGAUGCCCUGUCACGUUGGGAAGAGUUCAGGAUAUCAAAAUCCAUAGAAUCUCUUCGUCGUCCGUGA